AGUGCUGGCAACUACUUGGAAAUAUUUAAAGUCUGCUGGUGCUAGUUUUAGUCUCAAAAAGAUAACAGGAGGCAAGAGGCAAGGUCAGCUUUUUCUGGUAGCCAUGAUUCAAGAUAGUCUUGGAUUCUUGGAGUGCUCAUACAGCAAGGUUUUAACCAUGUUUCGUUGGAAGUAGCACUUUGAGAUCAGAGAGACCUUCAAGCAUGCCAAACUGGGGAGGUGGCACCAAAUGUGGUGCCUGUGACAAGACUGUCUACCAUGCAGAGGAGAUCCAGUGUAAUGGGAGGAGUUUUCACAAGACAUGUUUCCACUGCAUGGCUUGCCGAAAAGCUCUGGACAGUACAACGGUAGCAGCUCAUGAGUCAGAAAUCUAUUGCAAAACUUGCUAUGGGAGAAAAUAUGGCCCCAAAGGAAUUGGCUAUGGACAAGGCGCAGGCUGCCUCAGCACAGACACUGGAGAGCAUCUGGGACUGGAUCUGCAGCACUCACCAAAACCAGCUCGUCCUUCCACUCCUACCAACCCUUCAAAGUUUGCCAAAAAGUUUGGUGAUGUAGAGAAAUGCCCUCGUUGCGGGAAGUCAGUAUAUGCAGCAGAGAAGAUAAUGGGAGGAGGAAAGCCUUGGCACAAAACAUGCUUCCGAUGUGCUAUUUGUGGAAAGAGUCUAGAAUCAACAAAUGUUACAGACAAAGAUGGAGAGAUCUAUUGUAAAGUUUGCUAUGCAAAGAAUUUUGGUCCUAAAGGAAUUGGCCAUGGUGGCCUCACUCAAGUUGAAAGGGUGGAGUAAGAGAUGCCUCACUUAGUCCUGUCCAAAUGAUAAUUAUAUGAUUGAUGAGAAGGUAUUAAGAAUACUUUGUUAUUUCACUGAAGAUGUAUGCUAAUUUAUUACACUGUAGUACUAUGUUUUGGUGCAGGAAAGCAUUUUGGCAGAUAUUGUAGGAAGAAUUUGUUUCUGAAUAAAAAGGCCAUAUUGUCAGGCCUGAACCGGUCACAAAGUUAUUUUGGAACUAUUUAUGAUUGUAGCUCUGCUUUGUCUGAGUGAACUGCAUAGAUAGGUUAUAGACUUUUUUCACCAAUGCUAAUAAUAACUUGAUUCCUAUUGUUCAUUCUGUACAACUUUCAAUGAAGUGGCAUUUUGAUGAUGCAUUGCUACAUCAUGAAUUAAAAGUAUUUGACUUCAAGUUGUCCAAAUAGCAUGUUAAAGUAAUUAAAAUAUUGCUCAUACUGUAACUACCAACUCUACUUUUUAAUAUUGACUUUACUUUUGUAAUUAUUUUACUCUGAACCACUCAUCUUGGCUUGGACGUACAUCUUUUAGUACAUAUGUUUUUGAACUCUAACUCUCAGAAUCCAGCUUGGCCAGUGGCUGGGAGAUUAUGGGAACUUUAUUUUUAUAAAAUAACUGUCCCAAACUUUGCACAGCAGUAUCAAUGAACACCAAUCCAUUUGUAAAUUUGCAGUCUGCUCUAAAAUAAAAAUGUUUUUAAAGACAUUA